UGGCCGCGCCCUGUGAGUAGCACAGGGGCGUGCCAGAAUUUGACUGCUUUUAUAACGUAAAGCAGCAAAGUGUAUCUAACAACGCAAACAGCAUCUCACAUACUUCAGUAAUAAACCUCACCAUGAGCAAGAACGAUCUAAUAAUGCCUAAAGACUUCCCCCAGCUGCAGAACGAUGCGUUCCUGCGGGCGGCACGUGGAGAGGAGGUCCAGCAUGUGCCUGUGUGGUGCAUGAGACAGGCCGGACGCUACCUACCAGAGUUCCGGGAGUCCAGAGCAGGGAAGGACUUCUUUGAGACAUGCCGGUCACCUGAGGCCUGCUGUGAGCUCACACUCCAGCCACUAAGAAGAUUCCCGUUUGAUGCAGCCAUUAUCUUCUCUGACAUUCUGGUCGUCCCACAGGCUCUGGGUAUGGACGUGCAGAUGCUUCCAGGAAAGGGUCCCACGUUCCCCGAACCCCUGAAGGAGCCAGAGGACCUGCAGCUCCUGAAUCCCCAGGUGGACGUCCACACCGCGCUGGGCUAUGUCUUCAAGGCCAUCACCUUGACACGCCACAGGAUAGAGGGCAAGGUGCCCCUCAUAGGGUUCACUGGAGCACCGUGGACCUUGAUGGCCUACAUGAUCGAGGGCGGGGGCUCCACCACCCACUCCAAGGCCAAGCGUUGGCUGUACCGCCACCCGGAAGCCAGCCACAAACUGCUGCGCAUGCUCACCGACGUCAUCGUAAAGUACCUGCUGGGGCAGGUGGCAGCGGGGGCGCAGGCCCUCCAGGUGUUCGAGUCCCACGCAGGCUGUCUGGGGCCAGUAGAGUUUAAGGAGUUCUCCCUGCCCUACCUCCGAGACAUCGCCCGCAGGGUCAAAGACCAACUCAAGGAGACUGGACAGGACAUUCCCAUGAUUGUGUUUGCAAAGGAUGGCCACUAUGGUCUGGAGGACCUCUCUGAGUCUCACUAUGAUGUGGUCGGCCUGGACUGGACCAUUGACCCACGCUCUGCACGGGAGCGAACUGGGGGAAAGGUCAGUCUCCAGGGUAACAUGGACCCAUGUGCUCUCUAUGCCUCUAAGGAGCGUAUAUCGGAGAUAGUGAAGAAGAUGGUUGAAGGCUUUGGCACCAAGGGCUACAUCGCCAAUCUGGGCCAUGGCCUUUACCCAGACAUGGACCCUGAGAGUGUGGGAGCCUUUGUAGAAGCUGUCCACACCCACUCCAGCCAGAUGCUCAAACACAAGUAACCAAGCACCACCUUCCUUCUCCGGACUGGCGUUCAAACCACCACAACUUUAUGGAGCCCUCAAAUAGAAAUGUAUUAUGUAUAGCAUCAUGUGCGUCUCUAAAGAUGACACUUAUGCUAUUUCUAUGUACAGUGUUUAACUGCAGCUCAAGACGUUUUUCCUUCUUGUCCACAGUCAAUUUGCUAGCAGAGUAACCGCAUAGCUACCAAAGACUAAAUCGAUUUCUUUUAGUUACUUUUUGUCAACACUUUUGGUUAAAAACAUAUUUUUUAUUAUACGUUAAGGAUAAUGUCGAGGUCAACAUGUCUUCACACAAGACACUGACCAGGUUAUUAUUAAAUAUCAUAUUCCAUUAUGAAGAAUGUUUGCCGAAGAAGGUUUACAGGAUGUGAAAUUACUUUUGUGCGUGUAUAGAUUAUUUCAAUUCUAAAAUGGAUAAUCCCAGGCCUAAAGUAAGAUGUUGAAUUACAGGAAAUGUUAUUUCUAGGAAAUGUUUUUUUUAAUAUCUGUACCCAAAAUCUUUGCUUUUUUCAUCAGUGGUAGUGCACCUCAGAAAAACAAGUGUAUGAAUAGAGUUACAUGAGAUAAUCCUCAAAUAUACUGUGUUUUAAAUGUUACGUGAUGAUCCAUGCUGAAAUGCAGUUCUGGCUGUUCUGGACUAUGAAGCACUAAUGUGUCUUGUUUUGUUACUUAAAUGAAGAUGGAUUACAGUGCUCCUAAUUUCAAAUGUUUGAAUAAAAUGAUUUUAUGUUCAA